AUUCAGGAAGAAUUCAAAUGUAUGUGUUUAUUUCCUUUCGGGAAUUUCAUAGUGAGUCUCAUAAUCGACGGUUUUUAAAUGUGCCAUACCCAUAGACUGGAUGUAAGAAGGUCAUACCUGGCAGAUAUGAUAUCACGUUAACGUCUACUUUCCAGUAGUGGGCGUUAAGCCAGCGCAAACCAAAGAGAACAAGGGGGAGUCACAGGAUUAUACCAAUUUAAAAGGCACAUUUGAGGCAUGGAGAGCCCUGUAGGUCAGUGCUAAAAUUAGAGGCUAUUCCUUCCGCGACAGCAGCCAAUCUGCGAUGCACAAAGUCAUGUAAACCAGGAGAUACACUCUCCCAAGGAGGGGAAUCAAAAGGCCACUCGUUGACAACAGAGGCUCUGACUUGCAGGGUUUGAGCACGAUCCACACUCGGCACUCGAGUAUUUUAUUGUGUAUUUUUCUUUUGUGGUGGGGGGAGACGCCAUAGUACUUUCUUCAGCGCACAGCUUCCAUGCCUGUACGUACACCUCUGCAAAAAUGUCUUUUUUAUCCAUACCGAGUCAAGAGGGCCUUUUUGCCACGAUCAGAACCGGCAAAUCAGCAGAGGAGGCGGGCAGUAGGUCCCACCUGGACGACGGCGUCCGCCACGACCAUGAGGACGACGACGAUGACAAUGAUGAUGAUGAUGAAGACGACGACGACAACGGCGAGGACGUGCGCCUCAUCCCGAGAUGCUCCCCGGUGCCCAGGAAGCGCGGCCACUCCAUCUACGACGAGACCGCGGAGUACAUGCGCAUCCAGGUCGCGCUGCCCGCCGGGAAAAAAAGGGUGUUUUUCGCCGACACAACAGGUGGGGACCUGGUGGAGGUGAAGGAGUUCGUCGCCUUCGACUCGGACGACGACGAAGAGGAGAGCGCCAGGUGGGAGGAAGAGGAGGCGAAGUAUCGAAAGCAAGUGCGGGAACCGAGCUACCGCGUGCGGCCGGAGUUUGACGCGCCCGCCGGCGGCGCCCUGCUGCGCGCGGUGCGCUCCAAUAAGGUGGAGGUGGAGCAGAUGUCUCCCUCAGAGAAUGAGCCACUGGCCUUCGGCGGGGUGAUCCGGGUCCUGAACGUCUCUUUCCACAAAGCAGUUUACAUCCGAUCCACCAUGGACAACUGGGCUUCUCACUACGACCACCCAGCAGAGUAUGUCCAGGGGUCCCACGAUGGCACCACUGACCAGUUCUCCUUCAGGCUGUCUUUUGCGCCUCCUUACACCACACACGGCUCUCGCAUUGAGUUUGUUGUCCGCUAUGAAACCUCAGAAGGUGAUUACUGGGCUAAUAACUCCUCUAUGAAUUAUGGGGUCACUCUGCUCGUCUCCUACGAAGACGAAAUGGCUCCGACGAACAACAACACCUUGCAGCAAGUUAAAGGCAUCCUGAGACCGCCAAAAGUUUACAGCAUCAAUGAUGUCUUCAAUUCGCAGGAUGAGCCGGAGAAGGAUGACGACGAAGCGCGGCCCCCCGGGACGGGACUCCGCAGGCCGGCGGGGGUCUGCCCAACCAUCGUGCAGCCCGAGAUCGACAUCGAGAUUGCGGUUCACCGGUUUGGUCCCCGCGUCCCACCGAACCAGGAGCUCCCAUCUGCUGACGGCCCGCCGCCUGCUCACACCGCCCCCCCAGGUGAACGAUUCCCUCCCGCAUCUCCCAAAACCACACUUCAAACAGAUUCAUCCUUUGUGCUCUGUGCCACAGAACCGCUCCAGCCAAAUAAGUCCCAGCCUUUACCCAGACCUCACUGGGAAUUAGGCAACCAAACGCCACAGGUGCCCGUGGACGCUAGCGCCUGCGCGCCGCUGUCGGCUUCAACUCCCUCCUGGCGGCGCGGGCCGAGGCCGCGAUCAGACGGCUGCCGGACCGGCGCAGAGGAAACCCCCCCCUCUGAAGCCUCGGGCAGUCACCUCCCCCCCGCAGAGGCAAAUCUGCAGCCAACAACGGGAGAGGACCAUCUCUGUCGCGUCGCGGGAUUAUCGGAAGGUUCCACCGGGUCCGCGGCAGCUGGGAGGAGGAGAUGCGGUGAGCAGCAUCCUCCUCCGCCAACGCCUGAGCUCAGCUUCGGGCGAGACGACGAAGAGGAGGAGGAGGAAGACGCUCCCCAGAGUUCCCCUGACACAUUAUUAUUAUCAUUGUUAUUAUUGGAGAAUCCACCGGACUCGUCGUCGGAGGGUUCUGAGACGCGGUGUGAGCAUGACGCCAAUCUGAUGCCGUGCGUCGUCUUUCUGGGCGCCGUUGUCUGCCUCUCGGUGGCGUUGCAGGAACCCGGCGUCCUCUUCAUCAUCGGACUGCUUUGGGUCUUGCACUGGUUUUGAUCAUGCCACAAAAGGUGCUUUCGGAUCUGUUUGCAAGUAAAGUGCCUUUUUGUGAUGCCAAAAUAAGCCAAUAAGUUUAGAGAGAGAGAAAAGAAAAGUUGUGUGUCACUGUGUGAGUUUAUAGAUUAGUACAUGUUUUAAUUAAAGGAAAGGGUACACUUUAAUGAGUGUUGCCCUGCAAGGAGAAAGUAAUUGUACAAAUACUGCAGAUAUUUUUUAAUGCAUUAUGUGAAAAAAAGUGGUAGGUAAUAGAACAGCAGUCAAUUAUUACCCCACUUGUACCACAACAUUGUGAUCACUCCCUUACUGAAGCACUAUGUUUUGUAUGUGGUCACAUUAACGUGGUGUUAUGUUCUGAUUUAAUAAAUCAGUCCUGUAAUGGACUUUUCAUUGUUGUUGUGAGUGCAGCUAAGGCUGUUGUUUAACCCCACUGCCACAAAUGUAACUUUUGUGAAUUCCACGUGUUGUUGCUUCUUAAAUGAAGGACAAAAGAAAGUUACGGUAGUGGGACGCUAUUGAAACUUAUAAUGGAAUUUUGUUGGCAGAGGCAGAGGCUUUGGGAUGUGAAGAAUUGCCUUAAUGCCAAAAAAAAGACCCCACAAUGAACAUGGAGUGUAUGCUGCUUGAAGGACAACCGUGGAAAACCGUUCAAUGUGAGAUGUCUUCAUCCCUCACCGUGGCACAUUUAGCUUGAUAAGUCUUCCUGUGGAUUCUAGCUUUCAAACCCAUACUCUGCUGUUGUUGCACAACACAAAAACUGUAUCGCACUACUUUGACGGCGUCACAGACUGAAGCACCAAAUGACAUGUUUUGAAGUGGUGGCUAUUUUUGCAGUGUGUUGCCAUUAAAACGUGGUCGUAUAGCCUC